GUGGUCUGUUCUUUGCCAAGCCCAUGCGUUCCAAGGGAUAUGUGACCAUGUUAGACCCCUUUCAGCAGAUCUAUGGAAAGCGCAUGGGAGGGCUCCUGUUCAUUCCCGCGCUGAUGGGGGAAAUGUUCUGGGCUGCGGCCAUUUUCUCUGCCUUAGGAGCCACUAUCAGCGUGAUCAUUAGCGCCGAUGUGCGCGUGUCCGUCAUCGUCUCCGCCCUUAUCGCCACGCUGUACACCCUGGUGGGCGGGCUCUACUCCGUGGCCUACACAGAUGUCGUUCAGCUCUUCUGCAUUUUCGUGGGACUGUGGGUCAGCGUCCCCUUCGCGCUGUCACAUUCUGCGGUUGCUGACAUCGGGUUCACGGCCGUGCACACCAAGUACCAGAAGCCCUGGCUGGGGACCAUUGAGCCGUUUGAAGUCUACACGUGGCUCGAUAGCUUUCUGUUGUUGAUGCUGGGUGGAAUCCCGUGGCAAGCCUACUUCCAGAGGGUCCUGUCUUCAUCCUCAGCCACCUACGCUCAAGUGCUGUCCUUCCUGGCAGCCUUUGGGUGCAUGGUGAUGGCUCUGCCAGCCAUACUCAUUGGAGCCAUUGGCGCGUCAACAGACUGGAGCCAGACUGGAUACGGGCCUCUCGACCCCAAGGACAACCAACAGUCAGACAUGAUCUUGCCGAUCGUCCUGAAGUAUCUCUGCCCUGUGUACAUUUCUUACUUUGGUCUUGGAGCCGUUUCUGCUGCUGUCAUGUCAUCAGCAGAUUCUUCCAUCUUGUCAGCAAGUUCGAUGUUUGCUCGCAACAUCUACCAGCUUUCCUUCAGACAAAAUGCUUCCGACAAGGAGCUCGUCUGGGUCAUGCGCAUCACGGUGUUCGUGUUCGGAGCUUCCGCAAUGACCAUGGCCUUGCUGACGAAGACGGUGUACGGGCUCUGGUACCUCAGCUCCGACCUCGUGUACAUCAUCAUCUUCCCGCAGCUGCUCUGCGUGCUAUUCAUCAAGGGGACCAACACGUAUGGGGCCGUGGCAGGUUACAUCUCUGGCCUUUUCCUGAGAGUAACCGGCGGGGAGCCGUACCUGAACCUGCAGCCCUUGAUCUUUUACCCUGGUUAUUACAUUGAUAAAAGUGGCAUAUAUAAUCAGAGAUUCCCGUUUAAGACCCUUGCCAUGGUGACCUCAUUCUUAUCCAACAUUUGCAUCUCUUAUUUAGCCAAAUACCUAUUUGAAAGUGGAACCCUGCCACCAAAAUUAGAUGUAUUUGAUGCUGUCGUUGCAAGGCACAGUGAAGAAAACAUGGAUAGGACAAUUCUGGUCAGAAACGAAAAUAUUAAGCUAGAUGAACUUGCACCUGUGAAGCCGCGGCAGAGCCUAACCGUCAGCUCGACUUUCACCAAUCAGGAGGCCCUCCUCAACAUGGAUUCCAGCCCAGAGGGCUCUGGGACUGAAGAUAAUUUACAAUAAACACACCCUCACUGCCUUCCUAGACGGAGCUCUAUAGCAGGCUAGUCCCGGAAGGGUGGUUUGCGGCAUAUAAAAUAUAUUUUAAAGAUAUCGUUCAGGAGGACAAAACUCCAUAUAAUAGUGUAAUUGCACAUCCAAGACAAGCCAGAAGGAAGCACCCCUGAAGCAGCAUCUCUCUCUCCCUCGUGGACACAUCUCAUCCUCAUUUGAUUUCGACUCUCAGUAGUUUUGUUAAGUAUUCAAACAUGAAUAAAACCCCACUCAAAGAAUGGAGAGCCAAAAAGAGUGUUCACCUUUCUUAUGGAAAAAGGAAGUAGAUGUGAGAAAGCCAAGGAGACGGGGGAGCCUUGAUCGCGACCUUGUUUGUGAAUGCCCUGAGUCUAGUUUAACUCUCACACUGAAGUUGUGAGAAUAAAUCCCCAUCACUCCAGUGAAUGGAGCAGCGAAUUAAUCAGAUGAUUCCCUGAUGUGAUGAGUAAUUCCUUCUUUCAUGGUCUUAAUUAUAACAUUCGCUGAAUAUGCAAUUUGUUUUUCUUUUAGUAGUGGUAUGUAUUAU